GUUUUUUUUACAGACAGGACAGCUUGUCUUAACAGCUGUUUACGGCCAAAUUGACCACUUUAUAUCCCGAAUGACGGAGAAGAUCACUCGGUCAGGUCUGCCGCUCAACAAUAGACGCGGGUUUUUCUCGAUUUUCUUGUAUCAUUAGUCCGUCGGUUCGGUGUUGCCAGCUCGGCUAAUUAGCCCAGCUGGCUAACUGGUUGAAUAAACCCUGAUAAGUGGCUUGAGUGGCUGUCGAGAGAAAUGUCAAGAGGUGAAAAAUAAUUAACUAUGUUAAAAAAUAUCUACAGUUGUCACGUCAGAGGGAUAACGGAGGUUGGUGUUAACUGUUUCCCGGAGCUGUUGGUUUGACAUGUGGUUUAUGUGGCUGCACGUUGUCCAAUUUGUGGAUUUUAGACAGACUCCGAUUGUUAAUCUGCGUGCGUUGUUUCGGUUUACAGUGAGUCUUAACAAUGUCUCGUGAUUGAACCGAAAAGGCGAGCCGUUUAUUUCAUCGCUGCUGUGCGAAGAUCACGUCUAAAAAAUACCGUUUUCUUGUGAUUUGCAUCAUUAGAUCGCAGGAAACAACGUUAUCGUCAGUGCGUGUCAACGUGUCACACCUGCGGACAGUAAGCCAUGUCCGGGUCACCGUUUAUGCAAAUAAACGGGUGUGACUAACCAACUGUGACAAACCAACUGUGCAGUAUAACUAAUGCCCGCGCCGUCUCUAUCAGUUCCACGUCGAUUUCUCUUGACUUGAACCGACAACAUUCCUGGGAACUAUUUGAUUGCAGUCUUUGCGCACACAUGAAGGCGCACAUUGCACACAGUCGGUCCUUGAGGUGUAGUCUUGCGUUUGGAGUGGUGGCUGAGGAACAGGUUGCGUGUGAUUGGAAACUAACGAGCAUGGUUACAUGACGCUUUCUGUACUUAUUCAUGAAUAAGUGGUUCAUCUUAGGCCGGGAAAUAACAAGUGCGUUAACAUGAUCUCAGAGGUAUAACAUUAAUGGGGUGGUGUAGGUUUGUGUCUCUCUGGUGUUGUUAGUUUGAGCUAUAUGGUUAGGGCUAAUAUAUUGGUUAUGACUCGGUAUUUGCUGUGGGUCUGACCAAAUUGUAGUUUUAUAAAUAUUGCUGCAAAUUUGCCCACCACCACGAUGCCGGCAGUACUGUUCUUCCUGGUGCUGCUCGGGGCACGAUGCAGCCUCGGACAGGACAUGUCACGGGAGGAGAGGCACGGGUUGAGGAACCAAGUGGUUGAGAUGUUCGACCACGCCUAUCAGAAUUAUAUGGACCAUGCAUACCCAGCAGAUGAGCUGAUGCCACUCACAUGCAGAGGAAGAGUCCGUGGGCUCGAACCCAGCCGAGGUGACAUAGACGACGCGCUUGGAAUGUUCUCUUUGACCCUCAUCGACACACUGGACACUCUGGUGCUUUUAAACAAGACAACAGAGUUUGAGGCCGCAGUGAGGAGAGUGCUGACCGAUGUGAGGCUGGACAACGACAUCGUGGUAUCGGUCUUCGAAACCAACAUACGAGUCCUUGGAGGUCUGUUGGGAGGGCACUCCAUGGCUGUGAUGCUGAAGGAUAAAGGUCAACACAUGCUGUGGUACCAGGAUGAGCUCCUGCAUAUGGCCAAAGACCUGGGCCACCGACUGCUGCCGGCCUUCAACACCAGCAGUGGCCUUCCUUAUCCCAGGGUGAACCUGAGGUUUGGUGUCAGGGGUCCUGAGACGAGAACAGGCACAGAAACGGACACCUGCACUGCGUGUGCCGGAACCAUGAUCCUGGAGUUUGCUGCCUUAAGUCGCUUCACUGGAGAUCCUGUGUUUGAGAUUCAUGCCCGGAGAGCUCUGGACUUCCUGUGGGAGAAGAGACAGAGAAACAGCAAUCUGGUGGGAACCACCAUCAACAUCCACUCUGGAGAGUGGGUCCGCAGGGACAGCGGAGUGGGAGCUGGAAUCGACUCGUACUAUGAAUACCUGCUGAAGGCUUACAUCCUCUUGGGAGAUGACCUGUUUCUGCAGCGGUUCAAUAUCCACUAUGCAUCUAUAAUGAAGUACAUAAGCCAGCCUCCACUGCUGCUGGACGUCCACAUCCACAAGCCUCUGCUUCCCGCUCGCACCUGGAUGGACUCUCUGCUGGCCUUCUUCCCCGGACUGCAGGUGCUGAAGGGAGACAUCCGUCCGGCCAUCGAGACUCACGAGAUGCUGUAUCAAGUGACGAAGAAACACAACUUCCUCCCAGAGGCCUUCACGACCGAUUUCAGGGUCCACUGGGCCCAACACCCCCUGAGGCCCGAGUUUGCAGAGAGCACCUACUUCCUUUACAAGGCCACCGGUGACCCGUACUACCUGGAGGCCGGCCGCACCAUCCUGGACAACCUCAACCGCUUUGCGCGCGUCCCCUGCGGCUUCGCUGCGAUGAAGGACGUGCGCACCGGGAGCCACGAGGACAGAAUGGACUCGUACUUCCUCGCCGAGAUGUUCAAAUACCUCUUCCUGCUGUUUGCGGACGCGGAGGACUUGCCGUUCGACGUGGAGGACUACGUCUUCACGACCGAGGCCCACCUGCUGCCCCUGUCCCUCUCCACGGCCGCGCACGCCUCAUUCUUCCCCUCAAACCGAACGUUCGAGGAGGAGCUGGACGACUCCAACUUCGAUUGGACCUGCCCCAACACCCGUCUCCUGUUUCCUGACCCCGCCUACCCCCGCAUUCUGAGAGACUCCAUCCGUAGCGCUGUGGACAAGAGCUGCCCCCGGCCCCCUCCUUACCGGGAGCCCGGCAUGGGUCACCCCCCACUGAGGGCUCAGGACUUCAUGGCAAACAACGCGGAACAUCUGGAGCUGCUGAGGAGAAUGGGAGUCAGUCUCAUCCACCUGAAAGAUGGCCGAGUGCAGCUGGUCCAGCAUGCCACACAGGCGGUGAGUGCGGUCACGGCAGAGGACGGCGUGCGCUUCAUGCAGGAGAUGAUGGAGCUGUCCAGCCAGCAGCAGAAGGAGCAGCUGCCUCCCAGGGCCAUUCAGAUCGUCUCGCAUCCAUUCCUCGGCCGGGUUGUGCUGACCGCCGGCCCGGCACAGUUUGGCAUCGACCUGUCCAAGAGUUCCACGGGGGUACGAGGCUUCGUGACGGUGGCCGAACCGUACAGCGGCUGCACGGAGAUCACCAACGCCGAGUACGUCCGCGGCCACAUCGCUCUGCUCCAGAGGGGCCAGUGCAUGUUCGCGGAGAAGGCCCGGCACAUCCAGCAGGCCGGCGCCAUCGGAGGCAUCGUCAUCGACGACAACGAGGGCAGCAGCAGCGACACGGCGCCGCUGUUCCAGAUGGCGGGAGACGGCCGCAGCACGGAUGACAUCACCAUGCCGCUCCUCUUCCUCUUCCACAAGGAGGGCAACAUCCUGCUGGAGGCGCUGAAGGAGUACAGAGAGGCGGAGGUGCUGCUGAGCGACAAAGCCAGGGACCGAGCCAACAUAUUCAAAGUUAAACCUCUUCCGGCCAGCGUGACUGAGGGCAGUGUGGAUGUGCAAGUAGCGCAGGAAGACUGCUUAACGGAGGCCACCACUCCCUCCUCAUUUGAGCCCACUGAAGACUGCUUAACGGAGGCCACGACUCCCACCUCAUUUGAGCCCAUCGGCCAAUCGGAAACGAGCACGUUGGAGCUCGACCAACCGGCUGCCGCGCAGGUCACGCCAUCGCGGGAGGAAGCCAGUCCCGUUGAGCGAGACACGAGUCCUGCGGAGGAGGUCGGACCCCCCGAGGAAGAGGAGGAGGAGGAGAGUCCUGCGGAGGAUGCGAGACCACCGGAAGGGGAAGCCGCCGGGGAGGAGUCGACUCGGCCCGAAGAGGAGAGAGACUCUGAGGACAGGGAGGAACCCGAGGGCGACGUGGACUCGGGCAGCCAGUCGGCGGACGAGCUGCUGGCCGACUGGCGGGAAGACUUGGAGGCGUUCCAGCAGAUGGAGAAGGAGGAGCUCUGACGGGCGCCGGGCGCCUCGAGCCGCGCGACUGCGGUUUGAUCCCAACGCGGGGAGCAAACCGGGAGGGGACGCGUCUGCACGAAGCCCCCGGUGUCAAUCCGGUGAGCUCAAAGGGGGAGCUGAGGAAGAGGGGGAGCUGAGGAAGAGGUUCCGCGUGACCGUCUGUCGACGAUCUCGCCGUGCCCCCAGGCGGCCCGCGUCCUGUAUCUCUGGACCAUCGGGUCGUCCUCUCCGGCCCGGUAGUUUAGGGUCGAGAGACAUCCGGGUUCUUAUACCUCGCUUUCUCGCGCAGUUUCUGUUUCAUAACAAACCGUUUUGUUUUUUUAAUGCAUGACACGGACCAUGCAGACGGAGGUCCGUGUCAUGCAUUAAGUGUCGCCCGCCGUGUGUAACGGGCGUCUCGACGUUCCACCCCAGAUUACUUCUCUUAUGCGUCUCUGACUCCAAACGAACGCCGGUCCAACAACUAAUAAUUAAUCCACCGACCAAUUAAUUUUAUUUGUAAAUGUGAUGAUUGUGUGUGUGUGUGUGUGAUGAUGAUGAUGCAUUUACAAUCUUCAUGGUCUCGGGCCUUUAUCGUACGUACGCAUUGAUGUGAGUUCAAUACUCGAUUCAUGGUGUGUGGGGGGGGGGGAAAUCAGUGACAUUGAAUGAGCUGCAGGAUGUGUUUAUGGCUUGAUGGUAUAUAUAUAAAUGUAUAUAUUAUAUAUACAUAUACAUCUCCUCCAGAGAGAGUAUGAAGUCAUCUGUCAAUGUAAAUAUGUAUUUGUCGAGAUAUAGUGACGCUUCGUUCAGGUUCUGGUUCCCCCACAGACUCCAACCUCUGGAUCCUCCCCCCCCCCCCCCCCCAGCUGCGUGGUGGGACCAAUUACACACCUGUAAGGCGCCACAGGGGGGCGCUAUGAGUUCUGUCUGAUUGGAAGGAGCCAUAAUAUGCCACUAAAUUAACAAUGAAAUAAAAAUGAAGAGGGAAAUUGGGAAGAA